AUGUUAGCCAUUCUGAUCAUUUCAGCUGAUAGUGCCAUUGGUGAGACUGUCCAGCCUGCCGUUGCAACUGUCAGGAAAAGAAAAUCCUCAGCUAGCUUUGGUGAACGAAAGGUUUUCUUCAGUCGACAGAUUUCCUCAAAUUCCAACAAUGGCUUGGACUUCAGUGGCGAAAGUAUGUUAUGUAAAAGAAAGGAAUUUGUACAUAUUUGUAACACAAGCAUGAAUAAUAUCAUUUGUGGCUGGUCUAAAAAUUGCAAAGUGUCUAGGGGUUACUUAAGGGGGGGGGACUUACUGUAGCUUGCCAUCAUAUGACCACCUUUUGUUCUAUGUCUUAAUUUCCAAGCAGUAUAUAUAUAGCUUAAGGUGGCUCGAUACAGUUUUCAAAAAUUCAGGUGUUUAACACUUUGACAUGUUCAAACUACGCAUUUUUAGGAUUUAUUCAGCAGAUAUUGGGGUUUUUAUAUAUCUUGAUCACUCUACUUUCAAAUUAUAUUAGUUUUAGCAGUGGCGUGCUGGCAGGGGGGGCCGGGGGGCCACGCCCCCCCCCCCCAGUUGGCAAUUCUUGGGGGGCGCAAAAAUGAAAAAGGGGCGCCGAAUUUUGAAAGUGGGUCGGAAAAAAUGCAUUCUCGAAAAAAUAUGGUUACUUCCGCCAAGAAAAGACGUGUUUAUAGGCUACAGUAUAAAACAGACGAAGCGCAUUGGCGACAUAUAUUAAAUUACAGACUAUUUUGCCUAACCGUAUUUGCUACCUCACAGCUCACACGAAAUCGUUCAUAUAGAAACAUGAUCAGUGAUCACAGGCAAUGUCUCAUUACCGGAAUAUUGGUCAGGUUUCAAUCGAAGCGAUCACGAGAAUUAUGCCCUUUUUUCUGGUAUUAUGCCCUUAUAUUAUGCCCUUUAUUAUGCUUCACGAAUCACGAGAGCGGCGCAAAUUAGAUAGUUGAAGUUAUGAUAACUGAUGUAAAGUUGUGUACGCGAUUUAGUUGUUUGCACAAGAAGCAUGAGUAAUGUAAGUAAUGAAAUAAUGCUGAAACAUGCCCUUUUGGCAGCCAGGCAAAGAAACCUUAAAAUACAUGUGCGUGGGGUGCGUGUGUUAUUGUAUAAAAGAGCUUUAAGUUGUAAAUGUGCUCAGAACAGUAGAUCAGUAGAGAACAGAAUUGGGAUUAGAUUAAUCGCUGGAAGUAGUUAGCAUUGCAUAAUUUAAGUACUACUCAUAAAUUCUAACCAAAUUGCAAAUUUCGACACGUUAUAAUGCCGUUUCCUGACCAUCAGAUUUCUGUCAAAUCUUUCCCCAAAGUCCAGGAAAUGGCAUUUCAGAGACUCUAAAUUCAAAAAUUUUCCUGGGGGCAUGCCCCCGGACCCCCCUAGACAAACCUCGCACCUGCGGCACUCGGCUCGUGCCUUCGGCCCUCGUUUAUCAAGUGUAACAUUAUAGGGGCGCAUAUUGGCUGACAGCCCACUGGCCCCUCCAGAAAAAUAGUACCCAGCACGCCACUGAGUUUUAGUAACAGAUAGUUCGUUGUUAUGACGACAUACGUGUACGAAAUUAACUCCAAAAUGGCCUUUCGUCUCGUAUAGUUGGAAAAGAAGCAUGGUGACCCCCAAUUUUUUUCGUGCAUUAUUUUACUUGGACGAACAGCUGACAAUUUGCAAAAUAUAAAAAAAUUCUGUAAUGUCAUUUUUUUGGAAAAUGCGAAAAUGUCAUAUUCUUCGGUAAAUUUUUUUUGGCAUUACAGAAUUUUUUUAUUUUUUGUAAAAUGAAAGUUUUUAGCGGUGCAAUACAGCAUGCAAAAUUUGAACAUAGGUCACCAGACAAAAUAAAGAGAUACAACACAUUGUUUUUCUAAAAUGGAAAAUUCUAAUGACGUUAGGAAUUGACAUAAAACGCUUUAUAUAAUACCUUAUUGAAUUCUGAUCGUUUAAUUGGCUGUUUAUGAUCACGUGAUAUUGAAUAGAAAAUUCCAUUUCCCAAGAGUGCAAUGGAAUACGUCCAGGUUCCAUUGCACUCUUGCGAGUGCAAUUGCACUAUACGUUUUAUUCCAUUGCACUCUUUGUGUUUUCGAUAAAUCGCAUCCGUCAAAAUGCUUCUCGUACGGUGAUCGCAGUUUAUUUUAACCCGAUAUUCGAAACUCAGUAGAUGGGAUUUAAUGCAAAUACGACUCGUCAAAAUGGCGGGAGCUUACAGUAAACCUUUAAAUAUUAGUCUAUUUUGGUAUUAUAUAAAACAAAUAAUGAAUGUUUUUAUUCGUGCAAUGGUAAGAAUAUUUUCAUUCGGUGAAAGAUGGAAUGUUCCAUUCAACUCGGCUGUCGCCUCGUUGAAUGGAACAUUCCAUCUUUCACCUCAUGAAAAUAUUCUUACCAUUGCACUCAUAAACAUUCAUUAUUUGUAUAAUAUACACGGGUAAAAAUUGAUCAGGUUGUUCGGCGUUGUUCAAACAGUAGCGAACAAUGUUGUGCUGCACCCCGUGAACAAUAUUGUUAACAAGUUGUUCAACCAUCAGUGCUGUUGCAAGUUGUUAACAUGAUUGUCAACAAGUUGCAACAAUGUUGAUGGUUCAACAACUUGUUAACAAUAUUGUUCACGGGGUGCAGCACAACAUUGUUCGCUCCUGUUUUGAACAACUUGCAUCAGCAUGAUGAUUUUUACGCGUGUAAGGUACGUUUACACGCUGCGAUUUGUCGGGCCGAUUUUGCUCGCUGUAUGUAAAUAACCUGUCGUGAGUACUCGCGUCAGCACCUUGCGAUUCACAAAAUCGGGAGAAAAAUCUGUAACAAAACACAGAUUUUUCUCACGAUUCAACGAUUUUUCUUCCGUUGUAAAAUUGUUGAAAACUUUUCGCGCGCAGAAAACUAUAAUAUAAACAGACGAGAGAGCGGGACAGCUUCAAUUGAACGUUUAAAUCGCUAAAUGUCGAAGAAAGGGCAUUGAUUAUUUACCAAAAUCGACCCGACAAAUCGCAGCGUGUAAACGUAGCUUAAACGUAGCUUAAUUCUUUCAUUUGUUAAUCAGUUUCCGCGACCUGCGCGUAAAAAUGGUCACCCGGUUGUGAUAAUUAUAUCGAACCACCUUAAUCUGUAGCUAUAACCAUGCUUUCAUGAUCAAAAGAUAAUUGUCACAGCUAGGUUUAUCCCCCCCCCCCAAAAAAAAAAUUUGUUUACUGAAAACGUAAACUUAUAUACAGUAGUAGUACGCAUAGAAUUACUUUGUUCGUCCAGGUCCAGGGGAUGCACAAACUCCUGCUGCUGUUAAUGAAUUGUCAGCAGAGAAUGCUUUUGAAGGAAAAACUCUUGAACGAAAACGGACUCCAUCUAGCUCGUCAGGUAAUUAUAGUACAAAUAUCAAUAUUCGUAUUUUUUAUUUUUUAAAAUUCUCUCCAUGCUAAAGGCGAUAUUACUUUACGCAUGUGGAAACAUGGAUCACCCGCACAAUACAAUGGCGUAAUUUAAUAAUAUUGGUUGUUGAUUGGCUGAGUUGCUCAUGAUUGACUGCGAGCUAACACACCGACAAACUUCCCGUUCAAUAUCAUUAUAUCUGCGCUAGUGUGGAUACAAAAUUGACAAUAAUUCCUUCAUUCCUUAGGAAAAAUAGGGCGCAUUUUUAGCCGCCAAAACUCCGCGCAGAAAAAAGGAACUACAGGUAAGACCUAAGACUUUAUAUUGAGAUAUCUUUUUCACGUAGUGCAGAUACAAACCUCUAAAACUAUUCAAUUUAUACAAUGGUUACUUCAAGUUCAAGAUGAGUCAAUCAUUUAUUCAUUUCCAGAUGAAACGACUUCCCUCCUAUCCACAGACUAUAAUGAUAAUGUAUUUCUUCCUGAAGUAGUCACACCGCCUGCUGAAACUAGCUCAUCUACAGGUAUGGAACUUCCCAAACUACUUUUUAUUUCACAAUAGACCUUUCCCCUUUUGAGUGAAAUUUUGAUCUAGACAAGUCUGGACAAAAAUUUCAUCACAGCUUGAAAGAGCGUCAGAAAAUUAGUAAUAUUCCAGUUAGUAAUAUUCCAGUAAGCUUCGUUGCGAAAUGUUGUAAAAUGCGGAUAUUAUAGCCUUGCGAAGUUUGCCGUUUUUCAGUCAUUUUGUAUUACAAAUGGGAAAUUGAUAAUCAGUUUGAUCAUCUGAAAAACGGCAAACUUUUCAGGGCUAUAUCAUCCGCAUUUUACAACAUUUCGCAACGAAACUUCGGAAUAUUACUAAUUUUGUGAUGCUCUUUCAAGCUGUGAUGAAAUGUUUGUCCAGGCAUAUCUAGAUCAAAAUUUCACUCAUAAGGGGAAAGGUCUAUUGGACGGAUAGUUCUUGCUUGGGCAGUCAUUAAUUUUCAUAUAUUUCCCGUAGCGCCUCACAGACUAUCUGGUUUAAAAAUCGGAGAUUUAAAUGCAGGGACUCAUCAACAAUUUUGUAGAAAACUAAACCUCGACAUUCCUAAUGAUUGGAGAACUCUGGCAGGAGACAUGAAGUACAAUUACGAGCAAGUCCAAGAAUUCGCUCAGGAUGCAAAUCCUGCAAAAAAAUUACUGGACUGCUGGGGCACAGGUGAGGGACAUGAUGUUGCUUCCUUGAUAAAACUCGUGAAAGGGAUAAACAGGAAUGACCUGGUUGAGUUGCUGGAAUCUUAGCC